AUGUUCGAUGAGGCCGUCCUGGCCGCUCGCUCUGGCGGCAGCCCCCUGGGCUCGCCCGACUCGCGUCCGCCAGCGUUCAAGGCCGUCGGCAUCACCCUCGCUGUCUGCUCUGGCCUCUUCAUCGGCAUCUCCUUCGUGCUGAAGAAGGUCGGCCUGCUCAAGGCGAACGUCAAGUACAACGAGGAGGCCGGCGAGGGCUACGGAUACCUCAAGAAUGUCUACUGGUGGGGAGGCAUGUCCCUGAUGAUCCUCGGAGAACUCUGCAACUUCGUCGCCUACGCCUUCGUCGAUGCCAUCCUCGUUACCCCCCUGGGCGCCCUGUCCGUUGUCGUGACGACCAUCCUGUCGGCCAUCUUCCUCAAGGAGCGGCUCAGCUUCGUGGGCAAGGUCGGCUGCGUCAAUUGCAUUAUAGGGUCGGUCAUUAUUGCCAUGAACGCUCCGACGCAGUCGUCAGUUGCGAACAUCCAGGACAUGCAGCGCUACGUUAUCACUCCCGGCUUCCUCUCGUUUGCCGGUGUUAUUAUUGUCGUCUCUGCCUUUCUGGCCAUCUGGGCAGGCCCCCGGUACGGCAAGAAGAGCAUGUUCGUCUACCUGACCAUCUGCAGCUUGACGGGUGGACUCAGCGUCGUCGCUACUCAGGGCCUCGGAGCAGCCGUCAUUGCUCAGAUCAUGGGCAAGUCUCAGUUCAAGGAGUGGUUCCUCUGGGUUCUCUUGGUCUUUAUCAUUGCGACCCUGCUUACCGAGAUCAUCUAUCUAAACAAAGCACUUAAUCUGUUCAAUGCGGCUAUGGUUACCCCUACCUACUACGUCAUCUUCACCAGCGCCUGUAUCAUCACCUCUGCCGUCCUCUUCCAGGGUUUCAAGGGCACAGUCGUCAGUAUUACCACCGUGGUCAUGGGUUUCCUCCAGAUAUGUACUGGUGUCGUCCUCCUCCAGUUGUCCAAGUCGGCCAAGGACGUUCCAGAUGCCGCCGUCUUUAAGGGAGAUCUUGACCAGGUCCGUGAGGUCGCCGAGCAGGAAGAGGGAGAGCUGGAACCAAAGGCAGAUGCCAUCAGAGGAACAGCUGCCAUUAUCCGCCGUAUCUCGACCCCGCGUCAGAAAAUGGAACAAGAGGAAAUCAGACGCUUCCAUAUGGACCAGAGGCUCGACGAGCUCGAACCCGUUGGCGAAAAUGAGAUUAUCGAAUGGGACGGCCUGCGUCGACGACGGACUACUUUGGUCAACGGCGUGCCUGCUACCAGCCCCCGCAGCCCCCGUCGUAGGGUCCAGCAUCCUCCACUGGGUAUGUCUCGCUUCCCAGACUACUCCGAACCUGAAGUCAGGGCUCCCCGAGAAGGUAUGGAGGGCUCUCUUAUGGGCAGCAUUCGCAAACGUGCUUCAACUGCUUUACAUCCCUACUGGCGGCCUAGUGGAACCAUAUCCCCCCAACCGAUGGAAAACGACGGCCGUCUCGACUCACCCAAGUCGAUGCCUGAACGGCCCUCUGAAUCUGAUCCUUUCACUCGCCAUGAACUUCUCCAGGCAUUCCAGUACAACAAGGCCAUCCGUCGUCCUCGCAGUGAGACCAUUGACUCGGUGAUCAACGAAAAAGCAAUUAGGGAAGAGAAGGCACCCCUUUUCGACGGCAGCAACGGUAACGGUAACGUUGACGUUAACAUCAUUGGCGACUCCAAGGAGAAAGCAGACUCUACCAGCCCUCCUCCAACGCCUCCUGCACAUAGAGCCCAUCGACAGUUCUCGUUCAACGUCUUCCGCCGCAGCUCAUCCGCAGCUCCGCCGACAGAGCGUCUCACAACCCCUACAAAGACAACCCAUUUGCAUCUCCCACACUUCAUAUCCCAUCACUCCCGCACCGGCAGCAACUCCAAACCUGCAAACACAGAGGAAGAAUCACUUGGCCUCUCCGCAGGAGACAAGGGCAAGGCCCGGUCCCCUUCACCAUCCGCCCACAAAGCUUCCUCCUCCCGCCCGGACAAGGUCACCCGACACUCCCAUGGCAAUUCCUCAGAGUCCCUCCGCCAUGUCCUUUCCAUCUCGUCUUCCUCAGCGGGUGAAUCCUCCAACACCCCAUCACCAUCCCAGUCCCAGUCCCAGUCCAUCCAGCACGCUUCCGAACUUGCCCGUCCAUUAACAGGAAUCUCCGAACAAGACCAUCGAGAAAUCGGCCCAUCAGACUCAACAUGCUCGUUCCCCAAGUUUGAUGCUUCAACUUUCCCACAUUCGGCAAUGACUUCAUCGCCCGAAGAAGCCAGGAGAGGCCGUAAGGAACGACGAGGGAACGUUAGACAGAGCUACGACAGUUCCCGUGAUGACUCCAAGGGUGCGAAAAAGGGUGACAAAGGUCCAAGCAAGAAAUAA